AUGGCCUCCCGAAAACGAAAAGCCGACGAGGAUGGCGAUGAGAUGUCCGUGUCCCCCUUGAGCUCUCCUGCCAUCUCUUCGAGACAGCUUGCACGGCCCUCCAAGAAGGUCCGAUCGAAUGACUUGAGCGGUCGCCCUCUCUCCCUCCCUCGGCUUCUCGAAACACUCGACAGUUCUCAGCUGCGAACUGUUCUUCAGACAAUCUGCGAGCGACAUCCCGCUAUCGGCCAGGAGGUUGUCAGCGGUGCACCACGGCCCACCGUUGCUUCUGCCUUGCAAGUCCUCGGCGAAUACCAGGAAAAGCUACGGGUUGCAGUCCCAUACGGCCAGUCGAGUUCUGAAUAUACCUACUACCGGGUUAAGCAGCCGCUGGCUGCUCUCGUUGACGCCAUUUCCGAUUUCACGCCUCAGUAUCUCCCUCCCACAGAAACCCAGACCACCGUAUCAUUACAAUACCUGGAUGCUGCUACCAAGAUCAUUCACGAGCUGCCGGACUGGGACAGCCAAUCCUACCAACACCACAAGGAGAGUGCGUACGAAGAAAUAGCGAGAGCGUGGGCCCUUGUCAUCAAUGAGGCUGCUAAGCGAGGAGGCGGAAUUGUCUUGCAUACGGGCGGAUGGGACCAGGUCCUCACCAAGCACAAUCAGCAAUCCAACGGCCGACUAGAAGCGGCCAUGAACGCCAUGACCACCAACGUUGGCUGGGUGGGAUCGAAUCCCAAUGCUGCACCGAGCGGCUCUUCAGAUCAGAACUCGAUCCUAAACCAACUCAUCAACGGCACAUACGGCGCACCAGUCCGGGUUGGACCCUGGUAG